ACACCAACUUCAUGUAAAAUUAUUUAAAAUAUCAUUUUAGUUGAAAAAUGAAUUUAUAUAUGAAUACCAUUAUAUAAAAUCCCCCAAUCACUACAUAAAUUUCACCAAAUCCGAUUACCCGCCCAACAACUCCACGUCCGCCGUUCAAAGCCACCGGAAAAUGACGUCCGACGUACCCGCAACCACAGCUAACUUCUGGGGCGACAUGCCGGAGGAAGAAUACUACGCCUCCCAAGGCGUACGCAACUCAAAAUCUUACUUCGAAACACCCAACGGCAAGCUCUUCACUCAAUCAUUUCUCCCGCUUGACCCAAAUAUAUCUCCUAAGGGCACUGUUUACAUGACCCAUGGCUAUGGUUCCGAUACUGGUUGGCUUUUUCAGAAAAUAUGUAUUAAUUACGCUACUUGGGGUUAUGCUGUUUUUGCUGCUGAUCUGCUUGGCCAUGGCCGGUCCGAUGGGAUCCGAUGUUACAUGGGAGAUUUGGAGAAGACUGCUGCUGCUUCCUUGUACUUUUUCAAGAGCGUGAGGAAUAGCGAUGAGUAUAAACAUUUGCCGGCGUUUUUGUUCGGAGAAUCUAUGGGUGGGUUAGCUACUUUGCUUAUGUACUUUCAAUCGGAGCCGGAUACUUGGACCGGGUUGAUCUUCUCCGCCCCGCUUUUUGUCAUUCCUGAGCCUAUGAAGCCUUCUAAGGUGCGUUUUGAUUACUCUUUUUGUUUAAUUGUUUGUCAGUAGUUUUGGGUUGAUUUGCUUAGAAGGAUGUGUAUUUUGCCGUGUUGCAGCAUAUUUUUAUUGCUA